AUGGAGGGCUCCAAGGAGCUGGAGAACAGCCUCCUGACCCAGCCCUGGACUUCUGUUCGCUUUGGCGAGUCCACUUUUCUUGCCAAAGCAUGCUUCAGGGAUACUGGCUAUAUCCUGCUGAUCUCUGACCUCAGCACUGUCUGGUAUGAGAGUGCCGAUGCUGAGGCUGUGGGACAAAGGUCCAAGGAGCUGAACAAGCGGCUGACGGUCCAUGUGUCCUCGUUCCUGAAUUGCUUGUGCAACCUGAUGUGCCCUUUGCUGGCAGGGCAGCCAGAUGCCACCACCACCUUCUCCUGUCAGCAUUCUGCCAGUGGCCUCAGCCUGCAUGUGAAGAGUGAGCUGUCGGGACUGCCCUUCUACUGGGACUUUCACUGCUGUCCUGCUCCCCUGGAGAUG